CCAAAAUGCGUAGCCUUAACAACACAUAUACCAGCGGUAGUUAAUAGUUACAGCGCUGCGCAGACUUCGGUUACAUCUAUUUACCUGUGUAACAGUAAGGUCUAUGGUGUGUGCAGGUGCAACCAGGUGUAUCCAGUAUACAUGUGUAGACGGAGCAAACAAAAGCUCCAGACAGUUGAUGAGAAGAUACAGCACCUACGGUAAAUAGCAAAACGAAACCAGUAAUGCCGUCUGUUGGCGAUGUGGUCGAUAUUCUCUCCAAGAUUGGGGAGUACUUACAGCGAAUAAAUGUACAUAUCAAGGACAAAAUUGAGAUUGCCAUAACUAACUUCAGAAAUGUGAACGGGUCAGUAAAUAUUCAAAAAUUGGAGGAAAUUUAUUCCUUUUUGACAAAACUAUAUGGAUAUCUGCCGCAGUUUACAAGUGGCGAUCCCGUCCAGCUACUGAAGGGCUUGGUGGGGAUAGUGGCUACUGUCUCCGCCUUCACAGGUUGGGGGGGACCAGUUGUCCCCGUCAUCUGUGGAGUGUUAACUGUAAUCUUUUCCUCUUUUGGGGGUAAGGUUAUCACCAUAGGAGAGGUCGUCGAAAGUCAAAUCCGCCGAACAUUUUGUGGACAUAGCUAUGAAACACUGCUACAGGAGGCUCAGGACCUCCACCUCAAGUAUCAGCUGGCAUAUGACUUCCUUAACCCAAAAAGUGACAAAAGAGAAUUUUCGGAGCAUGACAUAACAAACAUGAAUAUUCAAAUGAAUGUUUUUCAAGGUGCCACGUUUCUUCGCAAGCUUGGGGACCUGAUCAAAGAGCUGGCUAAGGAGCAUAAAGAGAAUGACUCUAACAAAAAGUCUGAGAAAGCCAAUAAAGCUAUGCAAUUUAUUGAAUUAUACAUCAAGCUUGCAUCACUGCGUGACAUGAUUCUGUGGCACUUCUUUACAAUCACCAACUCUACAAGUCACAGUCAACAUCUGGCCGGAUGUGUACAAAGAGUGAUCUGCUCCUUUGAUGAACGAGACAGGGAAGCUCUCGGUAUGUUUCUCAAACCCACAGAAGAAUACGUCUACAUUGUGUCAUACGUCAGGGAAGAGAUAUAUGAGCUAUUCAUGAAGUUUCUUGAGCAGAAAAAGCUCUUGCCGGAUCAGAGCCGGUUGACACAUGGACAAUUUGGACUGUAUUCAGCUAAAUGGCCCCAUUGGCAUGCUAUAAGAAGGAGAACGCAUGCGUCAACCUUUCAAAUAGGAGAUUUAAGGUUCUUAUGCGGUUCCAAAAGCGCAUCACGGCCCGAAUCGUUGUUUUGCUUUAAAAGAAUUCGCGGGAGUAAAAACUAUUUCCACAUAAUUCAGAGAGAAAGGUAUGGAGAGUUAGUGUGUAUGACGAAAGGCUCCGACCGAUGGGUUAUGUCUCUAAAAGGAGCUCCAACAGCUCCUGAGUGUACGUGGAAAGUUAUCCAAAUGGAAAACGGAAACUAUGUGUUUGCUCCGCUUGCCUUUCCUGAUUAUUUCAUGGGUAUGACCAAACUGUUGGAUGGAAGUAUUGGCGGAUUCCUCGGAGGUUAUGAUGAACAGUGUCACUGGAUACUGAUCGACUGAGAUUGAGUUUCCGUUUUGGUUUGGUAUACAAUGGCGUGACCUUGCAUGUAAAUUGUGUACAAAGCUUUCGAAGUAACAUUAACAAGUAUUUUUUAUAGGUAUCAGCUUAGGUGAUUGGUCAUGGCCUUUUUACCUAAGACCAAUUAAAUAGCGAGCCGCAUGCCUUCAAUUUUAUCAUGACAUAUUCUAGGGGUGAAGAGAGUGAAGAUGAACGUAAACCCUAGAAUAUCGAGGAUGGUCUGCUAGCUAAUAUUUAAACACAUUCGACAAAUGAAACCAGUCCUACGACCUGCCUAUUUACGAGGUUUUUCGAAGAGCGUUGGUAUGUUGGAAAAUAAAAGACGCUCGCACAUGGCUUAUUGAACAAUAACCAAAGUAGUUACCAACGUGUCGUUACAUCGCAGACGUUUUAGAAUUAACGAUAACUGAGGGUUUAGUUGAUACUUGUAUAUACUGGUGAAUGAUAAGAAUGAUAAAGCAGGCUUUCUGAGGUGGCUUCGGAAUGUAUUUUAUACAUUGUAAAUAUGCCUCAUUGUGUCAAUGUCAGAAAUAAUUAAUUUAGUGGUAAUAAAUAUCAACACUCAUUCUCGAUCCAAGAUAUCAGGUUUUGUCCUUCAUCAGCGAUUGAAUUGUGUUCUUCACCAUAUGUGACAUCUGUAUUAUAAAACAGAAAGAUAGCACACUUUAUGAACGGCCAAGACCGAAAGCUUAGAUCAAGAGUGACUGUUAAUAUAUAUGAUAUUAAGUUUCCUGUUGAAAAAUUUAGUCAUCUAAGAGUAGUUUUGUACAUAAUAAUUUUAUGUCAACCUCACUCACUACUUUAUGCGUAUAAUGUUUUGACAACCUCACACAAUACUUAUGUGUAUUAUUUCUAUGACAACCUCACUCACUACUUUAUGUGUAUAAUGUUUUGACAACCUCACACAAUACGUAUGUGUAUUACUUCUAUGACAACCUCACACACUACUUUAUGUGUAUCAUUUUUAUGAUAAGCUCACACACUACUUUAUGUGUAUCAUUUUUAAUGUAAGCUCACACACUACUUUUGUGUAUCAUUUUUAUGAUAAGCUCACACACUACUUACGUGUAUCAUUUCUAUGACAACCUCACACACUACUUUAUGUGUAUCCUUUUUAUGAUAAGCUCACACACUACUUAUGUGUAUCAUUUAUAUGAUAAGCUCACACACUACUUACGUGUAUCAUUUCUAUGACAACCUCACGCACUACUUUAAGUGUAUCAUUUUUAUGAUAAGCUCACACACUACUUAUAUGUAUCAUUUUUAUGAUAAGCUCACACACUACUUUAUGUGUAUCAUUUUUAUGAUAAGCUCACAAAUUACUUUAUGUGUAUCAUUUUUAUGAUAAGCUCACACACUUCUUAUGUGUAUCAUGUUUAUGAUAAGCUCACACACUACUUAUUUGUAUUAUUUCUAUGACAACCUCACACACGACUUUAUGUGUAUCAUUUUUAUAUUAUAAGCUCACACACUACUUUAUGUGUAUCAUUUUUAUGAUAAGCUCACACCCUACUUAUGUGUAUCAU